GGGGGGAAGGAGGAAAUCAGAGGGGGGUUCAGCAUCUGUCUCGUUCCUCUCCCAGGCGGCGAUGGCAGCACCGCUCAGCCAUCGAGGUGACCAACGAGCCCAUCCUCGAGUUUAAACCAGGGAGCCCCGAGCGAGCAGCUCUUCAGAAGGCACUCGCUGACCUGAAGGGCAAGACAGAAGCCAUCCCCUGUGUGAUAGGGGGAGAAGAGGUGUGGACACCGAAUGUGAGGUACCAGCUCUCGCCAUUCAAUCAUGCACACAAGGUGGCCAAGUACUGCUAUGCUGACAAGGAGCUCAUUAACAAAGCCAUUAACGCUGCCUUGGCAGCAAGGAGGGAAUGGGACCUGAAACCCAUCCAGGACCGAGCCCAGAUCUUCCUGAAGGCAGCUGACAUGCUGAGUGGCCCGAGGCGAGCAGAAGUGCUGGCCAAAACCAUGAUUGGGCAGGGUAAAACCGUCAUCCAGGCGGAGAUCGACGCCGCUGCCGAGCUGAUCGACUUCUUCCGAUUCAACGCCAAGUAUGCCCUGGAGCUGGAGAACAGCCAGCCCAUCAGCGUGGACAUCAGCACCAACAGCAUGGUCUACCGGGGGCUGGAGGGUUUCGUGGCUGCUGUCUCUCCCUUCAACUUCACAGCCAUCGGUGGGAACCUGGCUGGAGCUCCAGCCCUGAUGGGGAACGUGGUGCUCUGGAAGCCCAGCGACACCGCCCUGCUCUCCAGCUACGCCGUCUACAGGAUCCUGCUGGAGGCGGGGCUGCCUCCCGGCGUGGUGCAGUUCGUGCCGGCCGAGGGGCCCGUGUUUGGAGACACCAUCACCAGCUCCGAGCACUUCUGCGGGCUCAACUUCACCGGCAGCGUGCCGACUUUCAAGCGGCUCUGGAAGCAAGUGUCGGACAACCUGGAUCGCUACCGCAAUUUCCCACGCCUGGCAGGAGAGUGCGGCGGGAAGAACUUCCACCUGGUGCACCGCUCGGCCGACGUGGGCAGCGUGGUGAACGGCACCCUGCGCUCG